AAAACAAAAAGAUGAGGAAAAAUGGAAACUGGGUGGUUCUGUCUCUAAUUUUCUUGUUUCUCUUUUGUGGGUUGUCUUCAGUUUCAGCUAAGCCUCCUCCUGUUAAGAUUGUAAGUGGACUUGUGACAAAUGUGGCAUCAAUGCUGUGGAAAUUAUUGUGGUCUCUUCAGACAUCUACAACCACAACAACCACCACGAAAUCUGGUGUUUCUAGCCGUUCGAUGGUGAAAUAUGAAAGUGGAUAUAAUAUAGAGACAGUGUUUGAUGGAAGCAAGCUUGGGAUUGAGCCCUAUGCGAUUGAAGUUUCCUCUAAUGGAGAAGAGCUUAUUGUCCUGGAUUCCGAGAACAGUAACAUCCACAAAAUUGCCAUGCCUCUUUCUAGAUAUGGUAAACCAAAGCUGGUCUCUGGUUCACAAGAAGGCUACACAGGACACGUCGACGGAAAGCUCAAAGAAGCUAAAAUGAAUCGCCCAAGAGGGUUAGCUAUAGACGACAGUGGAAACAUCUACGUGGCAGACACUAACAAUAUGGCCAUACGCAAGAUCAGCCACGACGGAGUCUCAACCAUCGCUGUUGGAGGAAGACGUAGCGGCGGAUCUAAAGAGGAGACGAUGAGAUUCUCUAAUGACUUUGAUCUGAUCUAUGUCUCUUCAACCUGUUCUCUUUUAGUUAUUGAUCGAGGAAACCGAAUGAUUAGAGAGAUUCAGCUUCAUAACCACGACUGUUCUCAUCACGAACCAGAAACAGAUCUCCAUCUUGGAACCGCUUUGCUUGUUGCUGCUGCAUUUUUUGGAUAUAUGUUUGCGUUAUUAGUACGUAGAGUACGAUCAUUGUUCUCUUCGUUUCGUCAUCAUGAUAAUAAUAGACAUGUAGCUAAACCGGAAAUGACAAUGGCUCCAUAUCAACGUUAUCCAAGACCGGUUCGACAGCCAUUAAUCCCACCUCAACAUGAACCGGAAAAAGAAGAAGGAUUCCUCGGUUCGCUUGGAAAGCUUGUGGUGAAAACCGGUUCUUCUGUUUCUGAGAUAAUAUCCGGUUCAAGGAAUGUUACUCCCCAAGACUUCCAGUACCACCAUAACCAGCAACAACCGAACCAGUGGCCUCCGGUACGAGAGAGCUUUGCUAUACCGGAAGAGGAUGGACCACCGGGUUUAGAACCGAGAUCAUGUACAAAUCCGGAUAAACCCUACCUUAGAGCACAAGGAGCAAAGCAAAACCGGUCCUAUUACCAAGAUUGUGACCAAUACCAAAACCAGCAGAAACGAAAUGUGAACGAUACGGCGCCGUUCGAAGAGAAUCGAGAGAAGAACGAGUUUGUGUUUGGCGCAGUUCAGGAGCAGGACGGUCGUAGAGAAGCCAUGGUAAUCAAGGCCGUUGAUUUCAACGAAGCCAUGAACGAUCAGCGAAAUCUACGGCCUAGAAUCAAUUACAUGGGAUAUUCAUCUCAUGUUUACUGAUUAAAAACUCAGAUUCU